AUGGACGCUACCAACAGUUCGUCGACCUUUUUCGCCUCGCCCCUCGCUCAUGCCAAAUAUGGCGGCCUCGCGGUGCCUCCUCAGCUCGACUACAUUUUCGGUGCCAUCGUCUCGGCGAGCCCUUGGACCCUUCUCCUGACGGCAUUCUUGAUGUGCGUCGUCUAUGAUCAGAUUAGUUACAUCUCGAGCAAAGGUUCCAUCAAAGGCCCGUCAUGGAAGAUGCCCUUUAUCGGUCCAUUCUUGCAGUCGAUGGACCCCAAGUUUGAGGAGUAUUACGCCAAAUGGGCCAGCGGCCCCCUGAGCUGUGUUUCGGUCUUCCACAAGUUCGUCGUCAUCGCCUCGACUCGAGACAUGGCCCGGAAGGUGCUCAAUUCCCCGGCGUACGUGAAGCCUUGCGUCGUCGACGUCGCUCACAAGCUGCUCGGCCACGAUAACUGGGUCUUCCUCGACGGCAAGGCUCACGUCGACUUCCGCAAAGGACUCAACGGCCUCUUCACCCGCAAGGCUCUCGAGUGCUACCUGCCUGGCCAGGAGGAGGUGUACAAACGCUACUUCAAGAAGUUCGUCGACGUUACCAAGGAAAACGGCGGCAAGCCCGUGCCGUUCAUGCCCGAAUUCCGCGAGCUCAUGUGCGCCGUCUCGUGCCGCACCUUUGUCGGUCACUACAUAUCCGAGGAAGCCGUCAAGAAGAUUGCCGACGACUACUACCUCAUCACCGCCGCCCUCGAGCUUGUCAACUUCCCCAUCAUCAUCCCCUUCACCAAGACGUGGUAUGGCAAGAAGGCGGCCGACAUGGUUCUCGCCGAGUUCGCCAAGUGCGCCGCCAAAAGCAAGGUUCGCAUGGCCGCCGGCGGGGAUGUCACUUGCAUCAUGGACGGCUGGGUCCUUCAGAUGAUCAACUCGGAACGUUGGCGAGACGCGCAGGCCAAGGACGAGCAAGCCGAGAAGGUGGAGAAGCCGUCGCCACUGCUACGCAUGUUUAGCGACUAUGAGAUUUCUCAAACCGUCUUCACCUUCCUCUUCGCCUCCCAGGAUGCCACCAGCAGCGCUGCCACCUGGCUGUUCCAGACGGCCGCCCAGCGACCUGACGUUCUCGACCGCGUCCGAGAGGAGAACCUCAAAGUCCGCAACGGUGACAUUCACGCCGAACUGAACAUGGACCAACUGGAAUCUCUCACGUACACGCGCGCCGUCGUGCGCGAACUUCUUCGCUACCGUCCUCCUGUUCUGAUGGUGCCCUACAUGGUCAAGAAGGCGUUUCCCAUCACCGACUCGUACACGGUCCCCAAGGGUUCCAUGCUGAUCCCGACGACGUACAUGGCGCUCCACGACCCCGACGUGUACGAGAAGCCGGACGAGUUUGACCCCGAUCGCUACUACAUUGGCGACGCCGAAGUGAAGGGUGCGAAGAACUACUUGGUGUUUGGAACCGGCCCUCACUACUGCCUGGGACAGGUGUAUGCCCAGCUGAACCUGGCCCUGUUCCUCGGCAAGGCGUCUGUGCAGCUAAACUGGACCCAUCACCCUACGCCUCUUUCGGAGGAAAUUAAGGUGUUUGCCACCAUCUUUCCCAAGGAUGACUGUCCACUCACUUUUGAGGAGCGCAAGUGA